CUUUGUCAGAAACCCAUAACAAAUCUUUUAUUAAUAUUGAUAUUUUAGGAUUUUUGGGACAGCAGACAUUGUUUACUUUCUGCUUCACAGCAUGUUUUCGGAUUCUUAGCGUUAGAAUCAAAACAAUCUGCUACAAAGAUGCAGGCUGAUUCAUAGAAUGUUUGGGGAAUCUUGGGAGGCAAGCAGCUCUCAGAAUCGAAACUAUCAAAAAACCUAAAAUAUGAAAGAUGCAAGCAGAUGUAUCGAAUGCUUGGGGAUUCUUUGCGGGCAAGCAGGUCUAAGAAUCAUAAUUAUUGAUUCAUAGGAUGCCUAGGAAUUCUCAAACGGCAAUCAGCUGGUAGAAUCGAAGAAUGACAAAUUCCCACCAAUUUACUACUAAAUAAAAGCUCAACAUUUGAUAGAAUGAUUGUUCUAUAACAAAAGUUUGAUCAAUUAUUGAUAUGAUUAAAGGCAAGUUUAUUCAAAGUGGGACGUCAAAAUUAAUCUGAAUUGAAUUGGAUUGGAUUGUGAAUAUUGUGAAAAUUUUCAAAUGGAGGAAGAUUCACAAUUGAAUGGAAUGAAAUGUGAUUUUUAUGAUGAAAUGAGUGGAAGUGGCAAUGAGUAUGAUGCAAUUGUUGUUGGUUCUGGAUAUGGGGGAUCCGUUGCUGCUUGCAGGCUUUCUCAGGCUGGCCUGAAAGUUUGUCUGCUUGAAAAAGGAAGAAAAUGGGAGGCAGAGGACUUUCCCACAAAUAGUCUUCAAGCAAUGCUUGCUACCAGGAUUGAAACUCCAAAUCUAGGAUGCUAUGGAAGCAAAACUGCACUGUUCCAGGUAAUUAAGCAAGAAGACUCUCUGGCGAUGGUAUGCUCAGGAUUGGGAGGUGGGUCUCUGAUAAAUGCAGGUGUCAUGGCCCCAACACCAAUGCGUGCAAGGCGAGAUCCGAGAUGGCCAAAAGAAUGGGAAGGGAGCUGGAGUUCUUCCCAGGCCAGAGCAAUAAAGGUGUUACAGCCAGAAACAAUUCCCCACCAAUUUCCCAGCUCGAAAGUUAUGAGAGAUAUUUCAGGGGAGAUUGAGGAAAGCACUUUAGACCCAAUUCAAACAAGUAUCAGUUUCGACCAGGGUGAAAGCUCAGCAGGAUUGCAUCAGAAUGCUUGCAUGGCCUGUGGAAAUUGUCUAUCUGGAUGCCCUUACAAUUCCAAGGGUUCCACAGACAAAAACUAUCUUGCCUUGGCCAUUGAGGCUGGCUGUGAGAUAAAAACCGAAUGCCAAGUUCGAUUCAUUGUAGAAAAUCUAGACGAAAGUCUUCAAACUUGCUGCUACAGAAGCAUGAACAAAAGACCAAAGAGAAGGUGGAGAGUUCAUUUGGACGAACUGCAAUAUUUGUCAUCAGAUUUUGUGAUUCUCUCUGCUGGAGUGUUGGGCACUGCAGAGAUCCUGCUCCAGUCCAGAAAGAGAGGACUUGGACUUUCUGAAAGGCUAGGAUUGGGAGUAAGUUGCAAUGGAAACAAUAUGGCUUAUGUUGCAGGAAGUAAUGCGCCAUUAAAUGGUUAUGGAUUAAACAAGAAGGAUCUUGCUUACUCUGCUACGGCAGAUCGACCAGGCCCAGCAAUUACAGCUUCUUACACUUCUUCUCUUGGAUUCACCAUACAGAGUGGAAUCGUUCCUCCUGCUUAUCCAUAUUUGCUAAUCAGAAGAAUGGGAAGCUACGGAUGGCCUCAAGGCUACUCGCUUAUGCAAAAUGUUAUAGAAACAUUUAAACACCUUACCGGAAAAAUCGAUUCCCAAGGAUUGGUUCUGAAUAUGAUGGGCUUUGAUGAUGGGGAUGGAAAAAUUUCGCUAGAUAAUAUAACAGAUCGCAUCCAACUCUGUCCUCCUCAAGACACGCUACUUCCUCGGAAAAUCAGAGCAUUUCAGAAGCUUGCCAAGCGCUUGGGAGGAAUUUUAUUUAUGUCCAAGUUUCGUAGCGCAUCAGUUCAUCUUCUUGGGGGAGUCAAUAUAGCUCACGAUCCUUCCCUGGGUGUUGCAAACCCAUCUGGGCAAGUCUUUAAUCCUUACUCUGGUUCUUCAAAAACUCAAGUAACAUACCCAAAACCUGGAUUUGCAGUGCAUUCAGGUCUAUAUGUAUGUGAUGCCUCAUUGAUUCCUUGUGCCGUAGGCCUUAAUCCAUCUUUGACAAUAUCCACAGUUGCAGAGUAUGUGUCUGUCGGCCUUGUGGUAGAUGCUCUCAAAUUCAAAACAUCAACGAAAUCACAAUUUUCUGCUAAAAUCCAUUUCCAUGAUGUUGAUAGGAUAAUCAAUACCCCAAUUGAUAGAAACCCAAUUUCAGUCGAUUCACAGAUUUUCGAUCAGAAUACAGAGGAGGAUGCAAAAUUUAUCGUCAAAACUGCAUAUGCAAAGGAUAGGCAAGCAUUACAGAGUCCUGUAUUCAAUGGAGUCGUCAGGAAGCCUGAAGUGUAUGACAGUAAGCAAAUGCAGAAGGAAGUUAGUGGCCCGACUUUCAGGGAAUCCAUGAAUGGGAAACUAGGAGGUAUGUCUUGCGCACUGCAUCUUGUGUUUAAGAUGAAUCCUUGGGGUUCAGGGGAUUUAGGAUGCAAAAGCAGAGGGUUCGGAGAUGAUCAUCCUCUUUUGAGAGGUGAAGUUGGAGGAUACAUGCAAAUGAAAUCUCUCCAUAAAGAUAAUAUUUACAUAGUGGGUGGGACCGUCAAUAUGUGCUGGCUAAACCCUCGAACACCCUAUACUCAAUAUAUGCACUACCAUCUUCUGCUUUCAUCAGCUUCAGGGGCAAGAUACAUAUUGGAAGGCAAGAAGACGAUGCACCCAUUCUUAUUCUGUUGCUUUGGAUGGAAAGAGUCAACAACAUUGCAUGCAAAACUUCGUCGGAUUACAAGGAACCACCAGAAUUAUAGGGCAGCCAAUUUUAAUGCAGACCUGGUUGAGUUGGAGGGUGAUCUUAAAGUAUCCGCAAUUGGGCUAUUACAAAGUUUGAUCAGCUUGAGAGGAAAUUGGAAGGGCAAGUUUGUAUCAUUAUUGGGGCAAAGCCUUAUCAGAACCUACAUUUUACAAAGACCUCGAGAAGUUUUAUCAAAUGCUCAUUGUACCGCUAAGCAAAGUAACUAUCCAUGCCAUGUAUUGCAUAAGAUAACAGCGGGUGAUGCCUUUCCAAUCAGCUGUAAACAAUGGAAAUGUUCUACAAAGAGCAACGAAUUUGAUUGUCCAACAAAGAAUUAUCCUGUGCUGUUGUUAAAUGGGCAUUCAGCAGAGAGUUUCUGUCUACCUACUGAGCCCAUGGAUUUAGUUCGAACUUUACUUGAUGAAGGGUACGAAGCAUGGUUGUUACAAAAUCGUUUACACCCUCUACAUUCCUCCAAUGAAUUCACAAUUGAGGAUCUUGCUAAGUUUGAUAUCCCAGCAGCUAUGGCAAGGAUUACAGAGAUACACGGGCCUGAUAUCAAGGUCCAUGUGAUUGCACACUGUGUUGGGGGACUUGCAAUUCAUAUGGCACUACUAGGAGGCUAUAUAUCAGCUCAUAAUGUUGCUUCUCUAGUUUGCACCAACUCAUCAAUGUAUUUCAAGGUCACAACUUCUGCAUUCAUCAAGCUCAUGCUUCCACUAAUUCCUAUAUCAAUGGCAAUCUUGGGGAAGAAAACAGUGCUAGAAAUCCCUGAGAAUUCCAAAGAAGAAUGGAGACACAAGCUACUCAAGUACAUAGCCAGAGCCAUGCCUCGGACAGAGAGAUGCACACUAGAUGAAUGUGAAGUCUUCUGUGGGAUCUUUGGGAGCGCAUUUUGGCAUGACAACGUAUCUAGCACCAUGCACCACUGGCUCUACAAGCAAGCAUUGCCUCGUCUGCCAAUGGCGGACUUCCCCCAUCUUCGUUCAAUCUGCAUUGCUGGUCACAUCGUGGAUUCAAAAGGAAAGAACAGUUUUCUCAUCCAUCCAGAGAGGAUGCCAUUGCCCACUACAUAUAUAUCUGGUGGGAGGUCCAUCCUUGUGACUCCAGAGACUUCUCUCCUUGCAAACCAGUUCAUGAAGCUUCAUCAGCCAGAUUUCCACCAUGAAAGAGUAGUUGUGGAGGGAUUUGGCCAUUCUGAUCUCCUUAUUGGAGAGAAUUCUCACAAACAUGUAUUCCCUCACAUACUUUCCCAUCUCAAAACAGCAGAAUGUUGUUCUCAAGGAUGUGAACAUGUCAAGGAUCCAAGCUAUGCUCAGGCCUCCGUCUCUUGGGAAAGGUCACCUUCAUUCUUUGGGUCAUAUCACCACAUUCUCUACAUUUGCCUGGCUUUCUUCCUCGUUCGUGCCUUUGAUUUUAUUUUUAGAUCCAUGUUUGUUUUUCAUUGAUCAGUUUGUGGUUUUGAGGAAAAUAUGUAGGUAGUAGGGGAAAGGACCCAGUAGUUGAGCAUGUACCAAUUGUUGUGAGGGUUGUUGAUACCUUUUGUCCCAAAAAUUGAACAAAUAAAACCUAUUGUUUGAAACAAAAAAUAUCAAUUUUUGUUAAGAAAUGUAUGAAGAGUUGUUAGGAAAUGUACCAAUAGUUGUUAAGAAAUGUAUUAAUAUUGUAAAAAGUAACCAAUCAGGUGAUGCCAUGUCAGCUGCACAACUAUUGGGGUCUCUUUUGCACACCUAUUGGUCUCACCUUUUUUUGGAGCUGUUUUGGACACCUUGGCAAAAAGCAUGCUGAUGUGGCAUCAUAUUUGAUGAUGUGACCCUGAAACCUUAGUUAUAAGCAGGGGACUUGCCAAGUAAGCUGUUGUAAAAAAAUUGAAGUGAUUUAAAAUUUCCAAGUAGGAUUUUGAGAAGCCCAAAGUUAGGGUGCACAACUACUGGGUCCUUUCCCCUAGUAUUGGUGUAUUAUAAAUAUGAGAUAGACGAGAAGCAGAGGGAUGCUCGAUGCGGUCUUUAAGAUGUACAAAUAUACAUGGAGUUCUUAAGAAAAAUAAAAUAACCACAUGGAAUUCUGAUCAUUAUUUUAAAUCAAGAAUCGCCUCACCGUGGUGGGCUGGCUUAAAGAGCACAAACUAAGCUUUGACCGCUUAGGUGUCGCAUAUGGGCCCUCUUAACAUUCCAUUUGCCGUUCUGUUUUCCGUAACACUCCCUCGACUGUCCUCUGACUCUCCACCGUGACAGUUACUGCGAUAGUUAGGUUUGAAAUGCAAUUUUGAAACUACACUCCUGCCCAAUCCAACUGCGAUAUUUUAGUUUCAAAUGCAAUUUUGAAACUGCACUCCCGCCCAAUCAAAUAAAAUGUGGGAAUAAGUGCCCAGCGCUUCCGCUCGUGCAUUUCUUAUCUGCCUCCAACUGUAAACACACGCUUCUACUGAUCUUCAUUGAGAGAUUAUCACCGUUUGACACAGAAAAGCUUCACAUCAAGAAUCAGAUAAUUUGGAGAUGUCGAUGACUCGAUGCCAUCUCGACUAUGAAUACUGUCUUGAUUUAUUUCUUCGCCACAGAGUACAUUACAUUUUUAUUGCGGACGACAUUAAUAGUUGCAGAGUAUGGGCAAGAGCACAUAUAUUUUUGUGGCGUUCUUAUUCAAUACAUCUCCUAAAUUUGGUUCAGAGUGUCCAUCGAUGAGGGAAUGCGUGAAAGGAGGAGCAGUAGAUUUAAAGGGCAUUACUUGAAUGAACAUUCAUGUACCACAGCUUGCCAAUGAAGGGAUUGUUUUGUUUAUGCCCAGAAGAAGCCAUCCCAAUGAAAGGGGAUUGUUUUGUUUAUGCCCAGAAGAAGCCAUCCCAAUGAAUGAAUGCGGUUGUGAGAUUCUUCUUUGAUUGAUCCAUGAUCAUAGCUCACCAAACUAAUCCAAUAUUUUUAUUUUAUUUUUAAUAAAUAACUAGUUAUAUAGGUUUA